UUUUGAGCGCGAAAGUGAAAGACGUGUGCUUCUGGUCCCGCAGAAUCAUUACUAUUUUCUAACUUUUUUCUUACUCGAGACAACUCCAUUACAUUUAGAAUAGUACAAAUACAUAAUGAGUAUAAGAAGUUCAAAUCCUAGAAGUCCUAGAAGGCGGAUGAGUGUGAGUAGCGUCUUAAACGAAAUUGUACAAUCACCAUCAGGCGAAGAAGAAGAACGCCAGUACCAAAUUCUUGGUAAUUCUAGGCCAAGUCAAGGCCAGAGUCAGACAACACCAUAUCUUUCUCAGAUUAACGAUAAUUCCAUGCACUCAAGGCCCACCAUUCAGGGGAGGAAUCUGAGCUUUAGCAAUCACGAAUAUUCUCAUACCACAGAAGAUUUGUUUCCCCAACAUCAAAUGGAUGCUGAGAAUGGUAAUCUCUCUACCAAUACAAGUCAUACAAAUUCAAGGCACUCUUCAGAAUACAAUCAGUUGAUCCUACAUGAGAUGAAUGAGAUGAGGAAUGUUGUCAAGAGUAUGAAGGAUGAUAAUGAAGAGGUGAAGAUGCUAAGAGCAGAAAAUGAGAGACUGAAAAGAGAACUGGAGGCAUACAGAAAUACCAAUAAAACUUCAAAGACUGCGUAUAAAAAUGUAAAAGUGAAGAAGCUAGCAAAAAUAGCAUACACUGCUGAGGACCUUCAGUUCAAUCCUACAGAAAGCAUCAAAAGUCCAGAGAAUCAAAGAAGAAGGAAACUACUCAUAGAUAUUAUUCAGACACAAGGAUCCAAAGAGGAACCAAAAAUUGAUAUUGAUGAUGUGUAUCUUGCUGUCACAAGGCUUUACGAAAACAGUGUGAAACAUCAAAAGACAAGGCAACUCAGCCCAACUAAAAAGAUGAGGGAAAAGUUGAAAGCCAACAAUAGGUCACGGCAGCAGAUAACAAAGGACCAGCGCUUCUCCCAGUUGAGGACUGAUGAAGAGAGAGAUUUAUGGAAAGGCGCCCAUAAUGAAAUAAUGUCAGAUGAGGAGUUAGAUACAGACAGCAGAGUUGUGACACUGAGAAGACCUCGAUGGAGGACAGAGGAAUUCAAUACACUGAUAAACACAUUAGACUCUAGAUUAAAAGACAAAAGAACAUCCGUAUAUAGACGCAUAAGAGGAGAAGACUGUGAUAGACCGUUACCCAAAAAAGCUCAUCUCAUUCCCCGUAUUGUACAACUAUAAAAGUUUUGACAAAAUAUUCUAAGCAAUAUAAUUUUAUUCAGUAACUACUAGUAUCUCAAAAUAAGCAAUAGUAUUUUAUAAAAUGCAUAUGUCUUGUUCAUGGCAAUAUUACAUUAUUUAUUCUAAGCAAUAUGAUUUUAUUCAUAACUCUAU